GGCAGUAAGUGACCGCGGCGGCGGCGGGGGACGGCCCGCGCCGAGCACCUGGUGUGAACCAGGCCCCGGGCCGAGCGUGGCACGGACCUGGCCGCGCUCACGCCCCACUCGCGGGAUCGGCUGCCUGCCUUGUACGGAGGAAGCGGGGCGUCCAGCGCCUGGCCAAGGUCACCGGCUCGACGUGGCCGCAGAAAGCGGGACUGGACUCCCGAUCGCGGCAGGAGUCGCGCUAGGCCGUGAGGAGCGGGGGAGGUGAGGGGAGCGACAGCUCGAGCCCUGUCCUCGUACCUGCAGCGGGAAGAGGUAAAGGCAGCAGUAAUGCUAACGCUAGCAAGUAAACUGAAGCGUGACGAUGGUCUCAAAGGGUCCCGGACAGCAACCACAGCGUCCGACUCGACUCGGAGGGUUUCUGUGAGAGACAAAUUGCUUGUUAAAGAGGUUGCAGAACUUGAAGCUAAUUUACCUUGUACAUGUAAAGUGCAUUUUCCUGAUCCAAACAAGCUUCAUUGUUUUCAGCUAACAGUAACCCCAGAUGAGGGUUACUACCAGGGUGGAAAAUUUCAGUUUGAAACUGAAGUUCCCGAUGCGUACAACAUGGUGCCUCCCAAAGUGAAAUGCCUGACCAAGAUCUGGCACCCCAACAUCACAGAGACAGGGGAAAUAUGUCUGAGUUUACUGAGAGAACAUUCAAUUGAUGGCACUGGCUGGGCUCCCACAAGAACAUUAAAGGAUGUCGUUUGGGGAUUAAACUCUUUGUUUACUGAUCUUUUGAAUUUUGAUGAUCCACUGAAUAUUGAAGCUGCAGAACAUCAUUUGCGGGACAAGGAGGACUUCCGGAAUAAAGUGGAUGACUACAUCAAACGUUAUGCCAGAUGAUAAAAGGGGACGAUUGCAGGCCCAUGGACUGUGUUACAGUUUGUCUCUAACGUGAAACAGCAAGAGGUAGCCCCCUCUCCCAUCCUCAUACUCCCUCUCAGUCCCCUGGAUUGCCCCAGUCCUGUGACCAUGUUGCCCUGAAGAAGACCAUCUUCAUGACUGCUCAUUGUAGAUGGAGAAUUCAACAUAAAUACAGCAAGAAAAUGUGUUUGGGCUUCUGAAGAGUUGUCUGCUUACCUUAACAUGUUUACUUUUUUGAACUUGUACUGUAUAGGCUGUUGGUGAAAUUCUUAAGAAGUUGUAAUGAACUCAAAAUUGAGGCCAGAGCUUGCUUUCCCUUUUCCCAAACAAAAUUGGUUUUCUGCACAAGCGAUGCUAAUGAUGUGUUCAGUGUAACUCGCAGAUUGGCAAUAAGAUACCCGCUACAAACUGUGAUUGGAUGCAAAAUCUCUUAGCUUCUUUCACGAAUGUUGGCCCUGCCUAGAUGUUGUGAAGCUUCCCAGAAUGCAUAGAGUCAUUCACUGUAGAUCUCUUAUUGAAAUGCGUAUUUUAUUUAAUGUAAGUAUAUUUUGGAACAGAUUUGUAAUUUGUACAAUUCAAUGCUUUAAUUAUUUUUUCUAUUCUCAUUUAGUUUGUAUUUUCAUUGUAUAGAGCAGACAGAAAGAUGUUGGGUCAAGCAACUAUUGAAGAGAAAUACAAAGAAAAUAUGAAAGGCACAUUAUUCAUUUUGUCCAAAUGCAGUGAGAAUCUGACUCUUAAAAAUCAGCUGUUGCUUUCAGGUCCAGAUGUGGUGAGAACGUUUUGGAGCCCUUUGAAGCUAGAUUUGGAUGAUCAAAAAAAAAGGCAGGGAGCCCAUUCUAACAUGCUGCCCAGAGGAAACUGGCUGGAGCCUGGACCAGCUGGAGUUGAUGCUUCUGCAGUGGUCAUGUGAUUGUGACCUGGUAGCUACUUAUCAGAGCACCAGACCCUGCUGUCCUGGGAGACAGGAGCAAUGCCUCAGGAAUCAGUCCAAUGUCUGAUGUCACUGAGACUGUGCCUGUGGCCUUCUUCUCAGUUUGCUAUGGCUCCAGGCCCUGCCGGUGGGGUGAGCGGAGGACCAGGAGUCAACAGUGGCAUAGGCCAUCCUUGGCCAGGUUAAUGUUCUGCAGAGGAAGAGCCCUGAAGAGAGGCAAGUGGAUUUACUCCAGCAUGUAGACAUUUGAACCAGUGAAAUCAAACGCAAAAUAAAUGUAUGUCUAGUUUCA